GUACUUUCGUUACACGGAUGCAUAAAAUUAACAAUUUAUGCCAACCAAGUCAUUAUUUCCUAUCCACAUUAUUGAUCCAACAUAUAAAGAUAUAAAUGAAUAUGCAAAAGAUUAUGAUUAUGAUCUACGUGGUGUACCAAUAUCAAAAUGGAUAUUGAUCAUAAAUUAUCCAUUAAUUUAUUUAAAAUAUUAUUUAGAAAAUUACUCGUUUCUGUCAUAUUUACUACCGGUGAUAUUACUUUUGAUAUUUUAUAUUUUAAUGAAUCUUGUUGAAAGUAUCAACUGUUUAUAUUAUAAAAUGAAAAUUGCAAGAGAAUGGAAAAAAUUUACAGAUAAACAUUAUCAUCCAGUAUCAACUGAAAACAAACCGGAAGACAUCAAUCUUAAACGAUCAAAACAAUCCCACGAACAAUGUAAAGAAGAUACUUCAAACGUUACAGAAGGACAACAGAAAGAAGAUUUAAUAGACCCUGUUCUUACCUGCCUACCCUAUCAUAUGAGAAAGUUACUAACAAUUACAACUGUAAACGAUAAAGUAUCGAAUGAAACUAAUACAGAAUCAAUUGAUGAAAAAAUCCAGCUUCAGGAAAUUGAAAGCCAAGGUUGGAUAAACGAAUACAUAUCUAGAGUUCGUGUUGCAAUGAAACAAGCUGCAAAGUAUCAAAAAAUAAAAUCUUAUCCUUGCGAAGAAUGGAAUUCUCUUGUGUGCUACAAUGAAGAUGGUAACGACCAAAAUGAAGGUCAGAAGAAUCCUAACAGUAUCAAAGAGGUUGAUUCGUCCAAAAUGAAAACACAACUAGUAGAUAAUGACCACAAGGAUAACAAAAAUAAUGAGAAGCAAAAACCGCUACCAGAAUUUCAAUUCAAAGGAACUGGUGAAUCACAUGGUAAAUUAUCUGGUACUAGGGAACAGAAUUCGUUAGCACCGAUUUCACACAAAAAACGAAAUAAACGUUAUCAAUCAAAACAACGCUUAAUGAAAUUUAAUAAACCGUUGUAUUUAACAACUGAACAAGCGUUGUUUAAAGAUAGUGGUCAAGUAUCAAAUCUACAUAGUCUAUCAUAUAGACAGAAUAGUUAUCAUUAUUACUCAAGGCAUCAUAAAAGGCAUAAACGUUCUGAAAAAGAAAUUUAAAUGAGCUGCAAAUAAUCAAACAAACAUUUGUUGCAUCAGACUUGAAUGAAGACUGAAAAAACUACUAUAAGAAACCAAUUUUUCCUUAUAAAUAAACAAAACAUUGAUGGAAGCAAAGAAGUAACAAAUACUUGUCAGUUGAUUCAUUUGGAAUAUUACUACAUUAUUAUAAUAAUAAUAACAAGUAAAAUUCUUACGGUUAUUAAUGAAAUUUACUCUAAUUUUACUGCAUAA